AUGUGGAGGUCAUCAGCAUCUGCAAAAGUAGCAGAGCUCCCGCUAUUCCGGAGUGGACGCUGCCUGAGCUGCCAAUUCCGGAACACGUCAGCUCUCUCACACCUCCGCACGAACUCCGCAUCGAUUCGUCAGUACGCCACCGACAAUAACGCGAGCAAAUCUGGUAGCUCCGUAAAAGGCGGAGCACCGACUAUCACCAAACGCCCUGCUCGCCCACCACAACCGCUCCGUCGCGGCAGCCUCGGAUUCCAACAGAAUCCCAAUGCCAACCCAGCCGCGCAGCCAGGCGACGCGGAAUUUACACCUCCACAACUAGACCGACCUAUUGGCUGUGCAGCACCCCCAGAGGAAGGUGAAAAUACUGGACGUGAUGCCCGAUCGCUGAAACAGCGACGAGACGACUUUGUGGACUAUGACAAGCACAUCGCGCGGCGAAAGGAAUUAACGAGACAAGUCGCGAAACCCUAUUUCCGAGAAUGGUCGAAUCUGCGCUUCCAAGAGGGCAAAACAUUCGUGUCGAAUCCCCGGCUGUUCAAAGCUGAGCACGCUCUAUACUUCCCCAACCUGCACGGUUUAACACUCGCCUCGCCCAAAGACGCGCAAGAUACAACGGCCAUUCUGCGCGGCCAGAUUAGUGUUGUGACUAUGUUCUCCAGCGUAUGGGCUGAGACUCAAGUAGGGUCGUUCACUGGACCAAAGCAGAACCCGGGCCUGGCGGAACUGCUUGCGAGCAACAGCCAGCAUGUUCAGAAGGUGGAUAUCAAUGUUGAAGAGAACCUCAUGAAGGCAUGGCUGGUUAAGCGUUUUAUGUGGAGCAUACGCAAGAAGCUGCCACUGGAGCAGCAUGCGCGAUACUUCUUGAUUGAGAAAGGAUUCAGCGAGACGCUGAAGGAGGCUAUUGGCAUGAUGAACUCCAAGGUUGGCUAUGUCUACCUCGUUGACUCGCAUUGUCGGAUUCGGUGGGCUGGAAGUGGACCCGCGGAGGCUGCGGAGUUGGUGACCCUGAAUAACGGGGUGGCUAAGCUUCUUGCUGAGAAAAAGGCCGGUACAGACUCGGCCUAA